AGCUCACUCUACAGCUUCAGAUCCCCUCAAUUCCUCAAACCAAGACUCAAUUGACUGCCUAGAGCGUCCCUAACUCUUCCUCUCCCUCCUUUCCUCUACCCUUCAAGAAGUUCGUCAAGAUGGGGGCGCUCGCCAUCCUCCCGCAGCCGCUCUGCCCAUCGGCCCUGCCCGUCGGCCAACUCGUCUCCAAGACGUCGAAGCUCGCGCCGUCGACGCUCGAAGACCGCGACUACGACGACAUCGGCACGCGCUGGUACAAGGACGUCAUCCUCUACAACACGGCGUCCGGCCGCUUCGUCGAGUCGCUCGGCGGCACGCACCUCGUGCAGAAGACGCUGGACAAGGGCACCGAGGCCGGCACCAUCGAGGCGGAGGAGCAGCGUGUGCGGUUGCUGAAGGACCCUAGCGCCGCGCUGAAGAAGGUGCUGCAGGCGGAGGAGGCGAAGCAGUGGCUGAAGGAGAAUGCGGAGGCGGGAUUCGUGGUUGCCACGCGCGAGGUUACGAAUGCGAGCUACAGGCGGGCGCGGCUGGUGGAUGUCGGCAAUGGCAACUGGGAGGUCGUCAGGGAGGUCGGCGGGGAGGGCAAGGAUGGGAAGAGGAGGGAUAGCGGGCUGGAUGUGCAGACGAACAGCAAGAGCGAUAUUGUUGGCGUGGUGGUGAGGAAGGUGGUUGUGGAGGGUGGAGAGGCCCGGCUGGGUGGGGAGAUGGCGGCAGAGUUUUGGAACUGAGGGACAAUUUAGGCGUUCGUGGAUGGCGUCUUCGGCUCGGCGAAAGCGGGACGUCUGUAUUGUACGGGUAUAUCCAUUCGGCAUGAUUUCAGGGAAAACUCCUUUCAAUGACAAAAUAUGAAUUCCAUCUAUCGUCCAGAGCAUUGCUUCAUUUCCCCUAACUCUCAAGCGCCGAUCUCGCUCAUUGGAUAUCUUGCCCCAUCCUAGCAGACAUUUUGGCGGGCAUCUAUCAAUUCCGUCCGCAAACUUCAUCGCAUCGUACUCAUCGAACGUAUCCACCGCGAAGAGACCCUACACCUUCACUCCUAGGCGGCGCCCCACGUCGCUGUACCAGAUCAACGAGAGCUCCAAGAAUGUACACAGGUCCUGAUCGUCCGGACGUAGUUGAAGAGGAGGGGGACACAGUACAGGUCGAAACACCGCG